AUGGCUCUGCAAGCUUUGCGAGUCGUGUUUGGCCUUGCAUGUCCGGCAUCAACGCUAGCACGGUACACUGCACGCUCCGCCAGUAUCAUCACCUUGAGCCGGCGUCAAGUUCAUGCUGCUCGCCCCGCGCGGGCCAAAGCAGUGUCUGUCCAUCCAGACGACCAUCUCAACAAUCGAGCAGGACCGUCCAAUGAUCGUACGACGCUCUCUCGGCCCGCCCGCUCGACUUCACAACGCGAGCGAGAGCUGCAAACGCUUAAUGGCGUUCAUAGCUACUUGCACGGCUCCAGACCGUUCAGCGGCCUCCUGCCAGAUGACAGCCCGCUCUCACUGCCCACGCUGGAUCAGUUCGAACCUGCACCGACUCCUGCAGACGAGACAACGCGAGCGAUAUUGGCGUCAGCAGACGAUGUAGCGCUUUCGUCAGACGGCAAGCUUUCCGGGUCGGCGCUCGAACAGAGCGCAAGUCUCUACAAACUGGCACUUGGAGCAAGCAAGCAGCCAGGGCGCUUACUCAGCAUGCUGGGCUCGCACAUCGACUGGCACAUGAUCCUCCCUGGCCAUCUCGACGCUGCUCUGGACGCUCUCCUGCGUCAGCCAAGCCGCGCAAAAGACUCGCAGACGCUCAGAACGGCACACGACAUGGCCCUCCUGGCGAUCCAGAAGCAGAAAAUGAUCCCGUCUGAUAGAACGCUCGACUUUCUCCUCGCCAGCUUGAUGGGCUCACGCCAAGCAGACUCUCCAGCGAGCCUGUCGUCUUUUGCUGUGCUGCGCGCACUCGAGGCACAGAAAGUCACACCGACCCUGCGUCAGUAUGCUCUAGCAAUCCAAUCCGUCCUCUUCUCGCCUUCGUCUGCAGGUGCUGCAGCAACGAUCGAGUCAGAGUUUCAGACCGCACGACUGCUUGCUCACCCUGUACCAGAUGCGCGACUCUUCAAUCUGGCGAUCUACGCCUGCUCGCUGACAAAAACGUCUGAACCUGAGCGCGCGCUCGAUCUGCUCAUUGAGAUGCAAGAAUUGUCCAUUGCGCCCACACGAGCAACUUACGCUUGCGCUAUCCUCGCCUGUGUCAAAGAAGGACCCCAGAAAUGGUACUACGAAGGUCUCCGUCUCAUGCGCGAGAUGCUCAGUCUCGGCCUGGCACCAGAUCGACUGACAUACGAAGCCUUGCUGCAAGGCACGACGAAGCACAAAGAUUUGGCCAGAGCAAGGUGGAUCUUCUUGCGUAUGAUGCAAGGUGCACAAGCUGGCGAUACCAGUCUGACGCCGGAUCAGUAUACGCUCAGCACGCUCCUCAAGACUUAUGCUACCUACCGGCCGCCGGACCGACGCGCGCCGGGUCUCAAGGGAGGCCAGCCCAGCGCUCACGUCGAUAUUGCGAGGGAGCUCGAUUUUCCCGGUCCGCUGCCCAGGAGCUCAUACGAUGUCAUCGAAGAAGCCCACGGACUCGUACAGCAGACCCUCGGGCAGUUUGGUCACAUCUUGUCCCUAGCCAAGUACGAAGACCGCCCGCGAUCGUCAGAAAGCGCAGGCCUGGCCACACAGAGCACAAGUCUACGCAUGGCGGACGAUCUGCACAACGAUAUCCGAGCAAGCGUGCUCAAUGCACUGCUGGCUGUUCAUGUCUAUCACUCGCGGUUCACCACUGCGCUACGAGUAUUCGAUGAGCUUUUCGACGAUCUCGGUGUGCGGAAGACCCACAGGACGUAUACGACGAUCAUGGCCAGGUGCAGGACAGGUAGAGACCGCGCCCUCUGUGCUAACCAGGCCACGCGCAUCUUCAACGAAUGGCAACAGCAUUGCUCUGACGAGCUGGCUAUGGGUCGCUCGCCUGCACCCAAUGCUAUCAUCGUCGAGAUGUGGCGCGGCAAGAUAGACAGCGAAGCAAGGGAUGUCAGACUGGAUGCGGCCAUCUCGAGCCUUCGCACCUUCAUCAAGAUGUAUCUUGACGAAGAGACAUUCAAGCGCACGCAACAGAUGCCACCCAUCCUCGCAUUCGAGGACCUAGAACUGCUGAGACUCAGACUUAUCGAGGAUGAGCGACCGCGCGGCGUCGCCCUCCUCAGGAGGACCGUGGAAACUGGGGCACGUAUUCAACGAGCAUACGAGCGUAUGCUCAGGUCAACGCGAGCUGUAGUCUAA